AUGGCCUUCCUACCCCAACUGACGGCUGUCGUCGCUGUCUUAGCUCUGUCGUCCAGCAGCAUUGUCAAGUCCCCCAGCAAUGAUGACGGGAACUUCGAGUUGCUGAUCUUGCACAACAAUGACAUGCACGCCCGCUUCGAGCAAACUUCGCAACUGAGUGGAGCCUGCACAACGGCAGAUAGAGAUGCUGGCAAAUGCUAUGGGGGGUUCCCUAGAGUGGCUCAUGUGGUAAAGGAGGCGCGUAAAGCCGCCGCGUCCGGUGAGGGACCACCAGUUUUAUAUUUGAACGCCGGCGACACGUACACUGGAACCGCCUGGUUCACCAUUUACAAAUGGAAAAUCGCUGCUGAAUUCCUCAAUGCACUGCAACCAGAUGCUGUCUCAAUGGGAAACAACGAAUACGACAAUGAGAAAAAAGAUUUGACACCUUUUUUGCACGAUCUACGCACCGCAGUAAUAGCUACCAAUGUGAUUGUACAUUCUCCUGAAGCGAAGGAAAAAGUUAAGAGAUCAGUAAUAGUGAAAGUAAAUGGUAUAUCUAUCGGUAUUGUGGGCUAUCUAACCCCCACGACAUCAAGCCUGGAUGAUGCUGGAAAUAUUGAAUACAUAGAUGAGGUUUUAGCCCUUACCGAAGAAGUCGCGACGCUUCGAGAACAAAAUGUUAACAUUAUUAUCGCACUCGGACAAUCGAAAGAAAAAGAUAUUGAAAUAGCACAAGAAGUAGAGGGACUUGAUUUAGUUAUAGCGGGAAAUCAUAAUGUUUUCUACACCGAUGGAACUUCUGUUAAUAACGGCGAAGAGGAUUCAGAAUACAAAACGGUUGUUACACAGAAAUCUGGACGCAGUGUUUCAAUUAUACGAUCAUAUGCCUAUUCCAAAUACCUGGGCAAAAUAAUAGCUAAAUUUAAUAAGGACGGGGUGUUAGUAGACGUAGAUGUAGACUACAUUCUCCUCGACAAAACGAUUCCACAGGACGCUGAAGCUGUACAAAUGGUAGAAAAUUUAAGAAAUAAUUUAAAAUCUUCCGCAGUCACCGUUGGGAAAACUGCCGUCGUUCUUGACGGAACGACUUGCAAACAAGAAGAAUGCAAUCUUGGUAAUUUAGUAACGGAUUCGAUUAUCCUUCACUACUCCGUCAAAUAUUCAGGAGAACGUUGGACCGACGCGCCUAUAGCAUUCGUCCACGGCGCUGCGCUGAAUGGUAAAAUCGCUCCUGCACAACGCCCAGGUGACAUUACGAGAAACGAUUUAAUGAGCGUUAUGCCUGCCUCAAAUAAUUUAAUAGCAGUGACUAUGAAUGGAGUAAUUUUAAAGGAAGCUCUAGAACAUUCAGUAUCGAGUUAUACAACAAGGGGCUCGGAUGCCUUCCUUCAAUUCUCCGGUAUUCGCGUGACGUAUAAUUUUGACGAAGCUCCCGGCGCUAGAGUCGUUACAGCCGUGGCCCGUUGCUGGAACUGUACUAUUCCAGAAUUUUUCCCUGUAGAGGAUUCAAGGGACUACAAAAUAAUAAUGCCUUCAUCUAUAGCUAAUGGUGAAUUCGGUUAUUCAAUGUUCGCAAAUUUACAGAAGGAAAGCCUCGAGUUUGACGAAAUCACUUCUACAUCUGAGUUUAUUAAGUUAAGGAGUCCUGUGUAUCCAGAAAUCGCAGAUCGCAUUUCUUUACAAAAUGCAGAUUCUUCACUGGGAAACCACGAAUUCGACAAUGGGCCUUCUGGUCUGGCCCCAUUCAUCGCAAACUUAUCUUGUCCAAAUGUGGCAGCAAAUCUUAUUUUAGACGAUGAACCAGAUUUAAUGGCUGAACCAAAUCUAAGGAGUUCUGUUGUAUUUGACAUAAGCGGUGUAAAAGUGGGAGUCAUCGGAUAUUUAACACCCGACACACAAUUCCUCGCUAUGAAAAAUAAUGUUAAGUACAUAGAUGAAGUGACCGCCAUUAGAAUAGAAAUAAAAAAGCUACAAACUGAUGGCGUAAACAUAUUCGUUGCGUUAGGUCAUUCUGGCUUCCUUAAGGAUUUAGAAAUCGCUAAAGAAGUUGAGGAUAUCGAUUUAGUAAUCGGUGGUCAUACGAAUACGUUUCUUUGGAAUGGCAGACGUGUCCCUGUAGUACAAGCGUUCGCCUAUACAAAGUAUUUAGGAUAUCUACAUUUGGAGUUUAACAUUGAAGGGGAAAUCGUAAACAUUGGCAAUAAUAACCCUAUACUGUUGAAUAACAGUAUACCUCAAGAUCCGGAACUUUUAUCUAUAGUGAACAAAUAUCGAGGUGAGGUAAUGAAGGUGUCGGAAAUAAUCGUCGGGAGCACCUCAGUUUUAUUGGAUGGUCAGUCGUGCCGUCUACGAGAGUGCAAUAUGGGUAACCUUAUCACAAAUGCAAUAGUUUAUAAAUAUGCGUCUACAUAUUCAGGACAGGGUUGGACGGAUGCUCCAGUUGCUCUUGUUCAAGGAGGGGGAAUCCGUGCUUCUAUAAGCCAUAUCGAGAACACGACGAGUAUUACUCAAGGCGAUCUUUUAACAGUUAUGCCAUUUGAUGAUAAAGUUGUGAAAGUGACUUUGAAUGGUUCAGAUGUCCGUAAAAUGUUAGAGCACUCAGUGUCUGAAUAUAAUCUAAUUCGUGCCCCGGGACAAUUUCUACAAGUCUCUGGUAUUCAGGUGGAAUAUGAUUUGGAUAAAAAGGCAGGUCAAAGAGUGUCCAAAGCUUUGAUGCUGUGUGGAGAUUGUAAAAUACCAAAAUAUGUACCACUUAAUGAUUCAGCGUCAUAUAAUUUACUUAUUAAUGGUUUUUUGUCCAUGGGCGGAGAUGGAUUCUCAGUUUUUACAAACAAACCUGCGGUUUAUUUAAAUUUCAACGACUUAUCCGCUACAAUCGAAUACUCUCUUGGAAACCACGAGUUUGAUCAUGGAGUUAGCGGUUUAACACCAUUUAUUGAAAACUUAACAUCGCCUGUACUAGCAGCAAAUCUUAUACUUACAAAAGUACCUGAACUUGAGAAAGAAAAGAACUUAAGGAAUUCCAUCAUAUUUAACGUAUCUGGCAAUUCCAUCGGAGUGGUAGGCUAUUUAACUCCAGAAACGAAGACACUAGCUGUACCAAACGAUGUUGAAUAUAUUGAUGAAGUUACGGCUCUAACAGAGGAAGUAAAAAAGUUAAAAAGCGAGGGUGUUAAAAUUAUUAUAGCCUUAGGACAUUCGGGCUAUUUAAAAGAUCUGGAAAUAGCAAAAAAAGUUGAUGGCCUCAGUUUAGUAAUAGGGGGACACACAAAUACGUUCUUGUGGAAUGGAACCAGUCCAGAUUCAGAAAAAAUUAUAGGGCCUUAUCCCACCUAUGUUACUCAAGAGUCAGGAAAGCAAGUACCGGUCGUACAAGCUUAUGCGUACACAAAAUAUCUUGGAAAACUCCAUAUGGUAUUCAACUUUAAUGGAGAACUUAUAAGCGCCGAUGGAAAUCCUAUCCUAUUGGAUAACUCGAUACCGCAAGAUCCAGAAGUACUAAAUAUAGUCAACGAAUAUAGAGAGAAAAUUUUAAAUGUCACCGAAGAAGUGAUCGGCAGCACGUCAGUAGUUUUAGACGGCCUCAGUUGUCAACACAUGGAAUGUAAUUUCGGUAACCUUAUCGCCGAUGCUAUGGUAUAUAAAUACGCCAGUGAGUACAAUGGCGAACACUGGACUGACGCCCCUAUAGCUAUUAUACAAGGUGGAGGUAUCCGUUCAUCUAUUUCCAUAUCAAACAUUCCAACAAAUAUAACGAAAGGUGAUUUAAUAGCGGUUCUCCCGUUCGAAGGUAUUCUAGUCGUGGCAACAAUGAAUGGCACGGUAUUGUUGCAAAUGUUAGAACAUGCUAUCGCGAAUCUUAACGAAUUGGAUGCUCCCGGAGAAUUUCUGCAGAUGUCCGGCCUUAAGGUCGUCUAUGAUAUAGACAGACCCGUUGGUGCAAAAGUUGUGCAAGCUGUCGCUAGAUGUUGGAACUGUUCUGUGCCAGUAUAUUCGAAAGUAGUCGAGGAAGAAGAGUACAAUAUAAUAAUGCCAAAUUUUAUCGCUAAUGGCGGUGACGGCUAUAACAUGUUCAAAGACAUACCAAUGCGCUCUUUAAGUUAUGGUGAUAUUGACUGUACAAACAUGUAUAUUAAACAACAUAGCCCAGUGUGGCCGGAAAUUGAGGGGCGCUCCCUGGGAAAUCACGAAUUCGACGAAGCAGUUGAUGGAGUCGUACCGUUUAUAAAAAACGUAACGUCGCCUGUCUUAGCUGCGAAUCUUGUCUUGGACAAUGUGCCUGAACUUAAAGAGGAAACUAAUUUGUAUAAAUCCAUAAUUCUGUACAAAAACGGUGUAAAAAUCGGUAUCGUGGGAUAUCUUACGCCGGACACGAAAUUUCUAGCGCCCAAAAACAAAGUUAACUACGAGGAUGAAAUACCAGCCGUAAGGCGAGAAGUACGGAAAUUGAAACAAAAUGGUGUGGAAAUUAUAAUAGCCCUGGGUCAUUCGGGUUUUAUUAAAGACUUAGAAAUAGCUAACGAGGUCGAAGAUAUCGACUUGGUAAUAGGAGGGCACUCCAAUACGUUCUUAUCUAAUGUUAAUACAACGGAAGUGCCAGAAUUUGUGCAAGGUCCCUAUCCGACAAUUGUCAUGCAGAAAUCGGGGCGAAAGGUAUUGGUAGUCCAAGCGUACGCUUAUACAAAAUAUAUGGGCAGCUUGUUUUUAAAAUUCAAUGAAAACGGUGACAUAACCGACUUCGAUGGCAAACCUAUAUUACUAAAUCACGAAAUCCCUCAGGACCCCGAGGUUCUGGCGAUAGUGAACAAAUAUCAUACCGAUAUCGACCGUAUUAAUAACGUGAUCGUAGGGAGCUCUAUGACUUUCUUAGAUGGGGAGUCUUGCAGACUUUUUGAAUGUAAUUUGGGAGAUUUCAUCAGCGACAUCAUGCUCAAUUAUACUAAGGCAUACUUUGCAGAAUUCGCUCAGGUAAAUAUCGCAUUUAUUCAAGGAGGAAGAAUAAGAACUUCAUUAGAUCAAUCUCGAAAACCGUAUAACUUAACGAGAGGCGAUUGGAUCACAGUGAUGCCGUUUUCAGACACUCUUUGUAUUGUGACCAUGAACGGAAGUGUAUUGUUGGACGCGUUGGAGCACUCCGUCGAGUCUUGGAGGAGAAUUGACACACCCGGACAAUUUUUACAAAUGUCAGGAGUGGAGGUCACCUACGACUUACAAAAAAUACCCGGACAGAGAGUAUUAACCGCCAAGACUAUGUGUGAUAACUGUAUUUCUACUGUAGAUAUACGUAAGGAUUUACAGUACAAGGUUAUUAUGUCCGCGUUUUUAGCAGACGGUGGCGAUGGCUAUUCUAUGUUUGAGGAACUCGACAAGGAAUUCGUAUCGUACAAUGAAGUGACGUGCGUUUUGGACUACGUCGGUAAGUAUAGCCCGAUCAAUCCCGAAGUGAACGGACGAAUAAAGGUACUAAACGAAGAUAAGCUGAUCGAUGUCUAUGUGAACGAUUUUGGAAUAACCGACCGACGCUCAAAUUCUAGUGCUAAACUGAGAACUAGCGUUGAUGUUAUUAUAAUGGUACUUGUAACAAUCCAUAUAGUCUUAGGGUUUUACUGA